UCAAGGGCUCCGACUGUCAUGGCGGUGACGGUCUGAAGCUACCCACCUACCCGGGAGCAGCAAUCAGGAAGCGAACGCGACACAGCAGCGACAGCACGGAGCCGAACGCCGUCUCUCGGCCAAGCGGGAGUGAGUGCACUUUCCCCGGCAGAGAAGGAACAGCGAGCGGACGCCUUGUGUUCUUUCGUCGGAGGUUAGAAAAAAAAAACGCUCGGUUUGUGAGUUUGUCGCUACCUGUCAAGUGUGUUGGACUCCAUGACAAUAGCAACUUCCGCCGGUUGUAAAGUGGCCCUUUUUAAAGCCUCUUCAUCGGCUAGAGGAUACGGCGAGCUACUCUGAGGGUUUCCUUUACCUUCUCCGUCCUCCCCCCACCGUCUCGUUGGACAGCAUUUAAUCCGCCUGUGUGCUAUCAAGUUACGGACUAAAGAAGAGGAGUAGUUGGCGGAGGCACUUCCACGGCGGAAGAACACUCGUUGUACUUUUCCUUUUGGACAGACUUUAUUUGUCUUGAAUGGGGAAGGACAUACUUGUCUAAUGUGUCUGUAGACUGUCCAGAACUUGCCCGGAGAGGAAUUGAAGAAGACACCCUCUCUCCGGCCUUUACUCGGAUUUGCGAGGCGAACAGGUGCAUUUACCUGUGGACGCCACCUGAGCACCGCCUGAAGCAAUGGCGAGCGAGGAGACCUCUGGCCCGGACGCCACGCCGGCCAAAUUGGCUCUCAACCCGGCCGUGCCCAUAAGGGGGAUCCGGAUGAAAUUUGCCGUUCUGGCCGGCCUGAUGGAAGUCGGGGAAGUGUCCAAUCGAGACAUCGUGGAGACCGCCUUCAACCUGCUGGUCGGCGGCCAGUUCGACCUGGAGAUGAACUUCAUCAUCCAGGAGCCCGAGAGCAUUGUGUGCAUGGUGGAGCUUUUGGACAAGUGCGAGCCCACCUGCCAGGCCGAGGUGUGGAGCAUCUUCACCGCCAUCCUCAAAAAGAGCGUCCGCAACCUGCAGGCGUGCACCGACGUAGGUCUCAUCCAGCUGGUGCUGCAGCGUAUAUCGGCCACCGACAGCAUGAUUGCAGACCUCCUAGUGGACUUGCUGGGCGUGCUGGCCAGCUACAGCAUCACGGUCAAAGAGCUGAAGCUCUUCUUCAGCAAACUUCAAGGGGAGAAAGGCCAGUGGCCUCGUCAUGCAGUGAAGCUUCUGUCGGUGCUGAAGUACAUGGCUCACAGGAAUGGACCCGACUCCUUCUUCAGCUUUCCGGGGAAAAACGCCGCAGCCAUAGCUCUUCCACCCAUCGCAAAGUGGCCCUACCAGAACGGCUUUACAUUCCAUACGUGGCUGCGCAUGGACCCUCUCAACAACAUCAAUGUGGACAAGGACAAGCCUUACCUCUACUGUUUCCGCACCAGCAAAGGCCUGGGCUACUCGGCACACUUUGUGGGCGGCUGCUUGAUUGUGACCUCGUUGAAGUCCAAGGGGAAAGGAUUCCAGCACUGUGUGAAGUUUGACUUCAAGCCGCAGAAGUGGUACAUGGUGACCCUGGUGCACGUAUACAACCGCUGGAAAAACAGCGAAAUUAGCUGCUACGUCAAUGGAGAGCUGGCCUCCUUCGGAGAGAUUGCCUGGUUCGUCAACACCAGCGACACGUUUGACAAGUGCUUCCUGGGCUCAUCCGAGACGGCGGACGCCAACCGUGUCUUCUGUGGCCAGAUGGGGGCGGUCUACUUAUUUGGAGAGGGCCUCAAUGCUGCUCAGAUCCUGGCCAUCUACCAGCUGGGUCCAGGUUACCAGGGCACGUUCAAGUACAAGGCCGAGAGCGACUUGAUGUUUGCCGAGCACCACAAGACCCUGCUGUAUGACGGCAAGCUGUCUUCCAGCAUCGCUUUUGCGUACAAUCCUCGCGCCACAGACGCCCAGCUCUGCCUGGAGUCCUCCCCCAAGGACAACGCCUCCAUUUUCAUCCAUUCCCCUCAUGCGCUCAUGCUUCAGGAUGUGAAGGCCGUGGUGACUCACUCAGUCCAGAGCGGCAUCCACUCCAUUGGGGGAGUGCAGGUCCUCUUCCCGCUUUUUGCACAGCUGGAUUUCUGCCAGCCCUCCAGCCAGGAGCUGGACACCUCUGUCUGCUGCACGCUGCUGUCCUUUGUCAUGGAGCUCCUCAGGAACUCUGUGGCCAUGCAAGAGCAGGUCCUGGCCUGCAAAGGCUUCCUGGUCAUCGGAUACACCUUGGAGAAGUCCUCCAAGGUCCACGUGACACGGCCCGUCCUGGACAUCGUGCUGGCCUUCUCCCGAUACCUCAGCAACUUGCAGAACGGCAUCCUGCUGCUCAAGCAGCUCUGCGACCAUGUUCUCUUCAACCCCGCCAUCUGGAUCCAUGCCCCCGCCAAGGUGCAACUGACUCUGUACACGUACCUGGCCACGGAGUUCAUCAGCACCGUGACCAUCUACAACGCCAUCCGCAGGGUUGGCACCGUGCUGCAGGUCAUGCACACGCUCAAGUACUACUACUGGGUCGUCAACCCGCAGGAUCGCAGCGGCGUUGCGCCUAAAGGCCUCGAUGGUCCGAGGCCGACCCAGAAGGAAAUGUUGUCUUUGCGAGCCUUUCUGCUGCUGUUUGUCAAGCAGCUCAUAAUGAAGGACCACGGUGUGAAGGAAGACGAGCUACAGAGCAUCCUCAGCUAUCUCCUCACCAUGCACGAGGAUGACAAUCUCAUGGAUGUGCUGCAGUUGCUGGUGGCGCUGAUGUCUGAGCACCCUGGACCCAUGGUGCAGGCGUUUGACCAACGCAACGGCAUUCGAGUGAUUUACAAGCUUUUGGCAUCCAAGAGCGAAGGGAUACGAGUGCAGACACUAAAAGUGUUGGGCUACUUCCUGAAACAUUUGACACCAAAGAGGAAGUCUGAGGUCAUGCUGAGUCACAGCCUCUUCUCCCUGCUCACCGAACGCCUGACGCUCCACGCGGGCCAGUUCUCCAUGACCACCUACAACGUGCUCUUUGAGAUUCUCACAGAGCAGAUCUGCACACAAGUGAUCCAUAAACAACAUCCGGACCCGGACUCCACCGUGAAGAUCCUCAACCCGCAGAUUCUGAAGGUCAUAGCCGCCUUGCUAAAGAGCUCCCCACUGUCGGCCGAAAGCAUGGAGGUGCGCAAGGUGUUCUUGUCCGACAUGAUCAAGCUAUUCAACAACAGCAGGGAGAACCGCAGGAGCCUGCUGCAGUGCUCGGUGUGGCAGGAGUGGAUGCUGUCGCUGUGCUUCAUCAACCCCCGCGGCGGCGAGGAGCAGAAAGUCACCGAGAUGGUGUACGCCGUCUUCCGCAUCCUGCUCUACCACGCCAUCAAGUACGAGUGGGGCGGCUGGCGCGUCUGGGUGGACACCUUGUCCAUCACACACUCCAAGGUCACCUUUGAGCAGCACAAAGAGAGCCUGUCCCGCAUGUUCCGCCAGUACCAGCAUCAGGAGUCUGCCGGGUCUGUCGGCCCAAUCCGAACAGUCUCUGGGGUCAGCCAAAGUUCGGACACCACAGUUUGCGUGAAUGGACAAUCUUCAGAAGGCCCGCCCCCGUCCACCGUCAUUGAACUCACAGUGGACACGCAGUCGUCCACUGAUGUGUCUCAGGCAAAGGCGUCCAUGGCUGCGCCCAAAGAGGGGGAGGACAAGCAAAGACUGCCUGUGGUGGACGGACAGAAUGGGAGCACAAAGCAGACUGCUGACGGCACACAGAAACCUGCAACGGCUGACGAUGAGCUCGAGAAAGAAGUAGACACAAAACAAGUAACUGAGUCCGAAGGCCCUUCUAACGAAGCAGACUCGGGUACUGCGGUGGUGUCUGAAGAAGAACCCACUGCCUCUCUGGACAACAGCACGCUGGGCGGUGCCUCCGUCUUCAACGAGGACCUUGUUGACGUGUCCUCCACUAGCGAACAGGUGGACGACAGCCAAGAAGAGUCCUCGUUUGCCUCGGCCGCGACCGAGGAGGAAGUGGGCAUGGCUGUUAAGGAGGGAGGGAACAAUGAAGCAGAUCAAGGAGAUGACAGGCGUAACUUGACGAAGGAAGAUGAAGAAAGCAAUGACAAACAUCAGAGAGCAGAGGCUGCAUCAGCUGACACCUUGGAACAAAUUGUCACGGAGACACCAACAAAAGGUCAAGAAGAAUCUGCACCGUCAGACCAGCAGCCCACAGUGCCCCCUACUGACCAGGAGGCAGCCUCUGCUUCAACUUCACCACCCUCAGAUGCCACCAGCACCACUGCCACCGCUGCUGCCACUGGGGAGGAAACUCCAUCUAGCGGCCCAGCAGCAAGCAUUGCUAUCCACAAGACCAAAGAGAUCAAGAUAGCCCGACUGGAUGUGGCCAACGUGGCCUUAGACACUGAGAGGCUGGAACUGAAGGAGACACCCGCAGCGGAGACAGGCCAAGGCCUAACGGCACCCGCUGGGGGUUCCUCGGGCCUGCAGAGAGAGAGCGCAACGUCGGCGCCGCGUUCCACCCUGUUCCGCAUCCCGGAAUUCCGCUGGUCCCACAUGCACCAGCGCCUCCUCACGGACCUGCUGUUUGCCAUCGAGACUGACGUGCAAAUGUGGAGGAGCCACUCCAGCAAGACGGUUCUGGACUUUGUGAACAGCGGCGACAAUGUGGUGUUUGUGCACAACAGCGUGCACCUCAUCUCCCAGGUGGUGGACAACCUGGUCAUGGCCUGCGGAGGCAUCCUGCCGCUGCUCUCCGCCGCCACCUCCUCCUCCCACGAGCUGGAGAACACGGAGCCGACGCAGGGCCUGGCGCUGGAGGCCUCCGUCGCCUUCCUGCAGCGCCUCGUCAGCCUGAUGGACGUGCUGGUCUUUGCCAGUUCGCUCAACUUCACCGAGAUCGAGGCGGAGAAAAACAUGUCAUCGGGCGGCAUCCUGCGACAGUGCCUGCGCCUCGUGUGUGCCAUGGCUGUGAGGAACUGUCUGGAGUGUCAGCAAGCGCACCUGAAGCGCAGCAAAGAAGCCUCCGCUCUCAGCAACGUAGCCGGAACAGCACAGAGUCCCGUCGACGCAGUGACAGGCGGCAUGUCUCCUGUACGAGACUUUGAGAGACUGCUGCAGGACAUGGAUAUCAACCGCCUCCGGGCUGUCGUCUUCAGAGAUAUUGAGGACAGUAAGCAGGCUCAGUUUCUGGCUCUGGCCGUGGUCUAUUUCAUCUCCGUCCUUAUGGUGUCCAAGUACCGCGACAUCCUGGAGCCCCACAAUGACAAGAAACACGCUCAGACGUCGAGGAGCACAGAUAGCGCUGCCCUUUCUGCCGGCCUGGAAGCAGAGAACGGCGUUUCCCUCCGCCGGUACGAUUCCGGCAUCGGUGACGAGCACGCCGUGACCGCCGCCAGUGAGGCCGAGCUCUCGUCGUCGACGCCGGCCCACGGCGGCCCGGACGCCAUCUCGGAGGCCCUGUCCACGCUGUCCUCGGAGGUCAAACACGCCGCCGGGCAUGGCGACGCCAAGGGCAAGAACGUGAAGGACAUCCUGCGCAGCCUCGUGAGCGGCCCGAGCGAUGACCUCACGGUGGACCCGAGCCUGCUGCCGCCAGCCUUUCUAGGCGGCGUGGGCGACAUCAGAAGAGACUCCCUGCAGAUCCGCUCCUUUGAUAGGAGCGUGGUCCUGGCACCCAAGAAAGCCGGCCUGGUGUCUCAGGUUUCCACCGCAGCCUCCUCUGCUCCCUCGGUGCCUGUCGGGACGCCUGCUGACGGCGUGGCGGUGGUGUCUUCUGGAGAUGCGUCGCAGGGCAGCAGCGCCUCUGCAGAUGCAGGCGGCCAUGUUGCAGCUAGCGCCAGCUUGCCGUCUGUGCCCCAGCUCUCUCCUGUGAGCCAGCACACGGCCCCCGAUAUGAGCAUCUCGGAGCGUCUGGAGCACGCUCUGGAGAAGGCAGCCCCCCUGCUGAGAGAGAUCUUUGUGGACUUUGCCCCCUUCCUCUCCCGCACGCUGUUGGGCAGCCACGGGCAAGAGCUGCUCAUCGAGGGCACCAGCUUGGUGUGCAUGAAGUCCAGCAGUUCGGUGGUGGAGCUCGUCAUGCUUCUGUGUUCACAGGAAUGGCAGAAUUCCAUCCAGAAGAACGCAGGUCUGGCCUUCAUCGAGUUGGUCAACGAAGGCAGACUGCUGAGUCACACCAUGAAGGACCACCUGGUCCGCGUGGCCAACGAAGCAGAGUUCAUCCUCAGUCGACAGAGGGCCGAAGACAUCCAUAAACAUGCCGAUUUUGAGUCCAGCUGUGCUCAGUACGCGGCCGAGAAGCGAGACGAGGAGAAAAUGUGUGACCACCUGAUUCGUGCCGCCAAGUACCGCGACCAUGUGACGGCCACGCAGCUCAUCCAGAAGAUCGUCAACAUCCUGACGGACAAACAUGGAGCCUGGGGCAGCUCGUCUAUCAGCCGACCCAGGGAGUUCUGGCGCCUGGACUACUGGGAGGACGACUUAAGACGGCGACGCCGCUUCACCAGGAACCCCUUCGGAUCCACCCACUCGGAGGCCACGCUCAAAGCCGCCGCUGAGCACGUGGCCGCUGUCAGCGCACCAGAAGAGGACAUCCUGAAAGGACAGCAGUCCAUCAAGGGCACUCAGGUUUCGGCCAGUCACAGCUCAGACGGCGACGCUUUGCAGGACGGGGAUGACGACACGCUGUCGUCGUUGGAGGAUAAAGACCUGGAGAAUUUUACCGGCCCGGUCAACCUGAGCACCGGGGCCCAGCUGGUGGCUCCGGCCGUGGUGGUGAGAGGAACCCUGUCCAUCACCGCCUCCGAGUUCUACUUCGAGGUGGACGAGGACGAGCCCGGCUACAAGGCCGUGGACCCCAAGAUAUUGGCGUACACGGAAGGGCUUCACGGAAAGUGGCUGUUCACAGAGAUCCGGGCCAUCUUCUCCAGGCGCUACCUUCUGCAGAACACCGCCUUGGAGAUCUUCAUGGCCAACAGAACCGCCGUCAUGUUCAACUUCCCCGACGCCGCCGCCGUCAAAAAGGUGGUCCACAAUCUCCCUCGCGUCGGCGUCGGAACCAACUUUGGCCUUCCGCAGACCAGGCGUAUCUCUCUGGCCACGCCAAAGCAGCUGUUCAAGGCCUCCAACGUCACUCAGCGAUGGCAACGUCGCGAGAUCUCCAACUUUGAGUACCUCAUCUUUCUCAACACCAUCUCUGGUCGGACCUUUAAUGACCUCAACCAGUACCCGGUUUUCCCCUGGGUCAUCACCAACUACGAAGCGGACGAACUUGACCUGACACUGCCCAGCAACUUCAGAGAUCUGUCCAAGCCCAUUGGCGCUCUGAACCCCAAGCGGGCCGCCUUCUUCUCCGACCGCUACGAGUCGUGGGACGACGACCAGGUGCCCAAGUUCCACUACGGCACCCACUACUCCACCUCCAGCUUCACGCUCAUGUGGCUGCUGCGCAUCGAGCCCUUCACAACGUUCUUCCUCAACUUCCAAGGAGGGAAGUUCGACCAUGCUGACCGCACCUUCUCAUCGGUGUCUCGAGCCUGGAGGAACUGCCAGAGAGACACAUCUGAUGUCAAGGAGCUGAUCCCAGAGUUCUUCUACCUCCCCGAGAUGUUUGUCAAUGCCAACACGUACAACCUGGGAGUGAUGGAGGACGGCACCGUGGUUUCUGACGUGGAGCUGCCACCCUGGGCCAAGACCCCCGAGGAGUUUGUGCGGCUCAAUCGGCAGGCUCUGGAGAGCGAGUUUGUGUCCUGCCAGCUCCACCAAUGGAUCGAUCUGAUCUUCGGCUACAAGCAGCAGGGGCCCGAGGCCACCAGAGCCCUCAACGUGUUCUACUAUCUCACCUACGAGGGCGCCGUCAACCUGAACUCCAUCAGCGACCCCAUGCUCAGAGAGGCUGUGGAGUCUCAAAUCAGAAGUUUCGGGCAGACCCCCUGCCAGCUGCUCAUCGAGCCGCACCCGCCCCGAAGCUCAGCCAUGCAAGUGUAUCUUCUCCUGCAGACGCCGCUGAUGUUCACGGAGCAGAUGCAGCAGGACGUCAUCAUGGUGCUCAAAUUCCCGUCCAACUCUCCCGUCACUCACGUGGCCGCCAAUACGCAGCCGGGCCUGGCGGCUGCCGCCGUCAUCACCGUCACCGCCAGCCGCGUCUUCGCUGUCAACAAGUGGCACGGCCUGUCAGGUCAUCCGAGCUCAGCCGUGCAGGACCAGCAGUACCAACUGCCCGUGGAGAUCGACCCUCUCAUAGCCAGCAACGUAGGAAGUCAUCGGCGCCAGAUCUCAGACCUUCUGGACCAGAGCAUUCAGAUCAGCUCGCAGUGUUUCAUGGUGACGGCCGACAAUCGCUUCAUCCUGCUGUGUGGAUUCUGGGAUAAAAGCUUCAGGAUCUACUCCACAGACACAGGCAAACUGACUCAGAUCGUCUUCGGGCAUCGCGACGUGGUGACGUGUCUGGCUCGCUCCGAGUCGUACAUCGGAGGCGACUGCUAUGUCCUGUCGGGCUCCAGAGAUGCCACCCUACUGCUGUGGUACUGGAACGGCAAGCUCAACAGCGUUGGGGACAGCCCGGGAACAGAGUUCACCACACCUCGAGCCAUCCUGACGGGCCACGACUGCGAGGUAGCGUGCGCCAACGUGUGCGCCGAGUUAGGCCUGGUCAUCAGUGGCUGCAAAGAGGGCCUGUGCCUGAUCCACUCCAUGAACGGGGACCUGCUGCGCACCCUGGAGGGCCCCGAGUGCUGCACACGGCCCCGCCUCAUCCAGGCGUCCACGGAGGGACACUGUGUGGUCUACUAUGAGAAGGGACACUUGGCUGUCUUCAGCAUCAACGGCAAGCUGCUGCGCCAAAUGCAGGUGGAGGACAGCGUCAAGGCGAUGCUGCUGAGUCGUGACGGCCAGUAUCUGCUGACGGGCGGCGACGGAGGUGUCGUCUCGGUGCUGCAGGUACACGACCUCCGGCGGCUGUUCACGUAUCCUGGCUGCGAUGCCGGCAUACGCUCCAUGGCCAUGUCACAUGACCAAAGGUGCAUCAUCACGGGCAUGGCGUCGGGCAGCAUCGUGCUCUUCUACAACGACUUCAACAGGUGGCACCACGAGUACCAAACCAGGUACUGAGCCAGGAACCUGGGACAGGUUCGAAUGGUCGACGGGGCGAACUGUGGCGCAGCGACGCUGAACUUCCUCUUGGCACCGCUGUGGAAUCCACGCUGGUGGACGUAAACACAGAAGUUAUUUUUUUGAAGGGCUGAAGGAAAGCCUCAGAUCUUUUCUAGAAGACCAUGAAGAAAGUUUUCUAUCUUUUGGGGGAGUUUGUGCUUUAAAAAAACAACAAAAAUCUAUUUUUAGCUGUAAGAGUCUAUUUUCUUCUCCGCUUGAUGAUCCUAGGCUGAAUGUGUGAUCAGUGUUUCAUAAUAUAUUCAUGUGGGUAGGAUGCCUAAUAUUCUAUAUUUCAAACAACCUUCAUUCCUUAUCUUCUUGUAAGUUCCCGCACGGCCUUGACUUAGCUUCCUUUUUUUCUUUUUUUGCGUCGUCAACGCCGAGAACAGUCAAACGAUCUCGGAGCGUCCCCUCCUUUCAGCAGCUGCUGACAGCCAGGAGGAGGAGAAGGAAGGACUUCCUGUAGUUGAGUGUCACAUGACCACGGCGUCUUCUCUGAUUGGGGAAAAAGUUCCUUUGACUUUCAUGACGUUUGCGUCUGCAACCAUCGGACAAACUGACAACAAUGUUUGCUUGUUUUUUUUCGUUUGUGAGUGUAUGAGGAAUUGAGAUUAAAUGGAAUUUUGUAACAUGA